AUGAACGACCAAAGCCGAUCAGAUGCCGAAAACUAUCCACUUCUCAUCGAACAGUGUUUCUCCGAGCCUCGUGCGCAAGGAAACGAGAAGAGCCGCACUUUAAACAAUUACUGGACCCGCCUUUGGCAACCUUCACCCUCCUGGGUCAUCUGCGUUUUCGCAAUCUACGAGUUUAUCUUCGGAGUUUUGGCGGUCCCCGAGUUCAAUGCAACUUUUGCCUUGAUCUGUCGCCAGCGUCAAUCACCCAGCCAGACCCACCCAGAACUAGAACAAUGUUUCGCCAAUACAGACACGCAAUCUGACCUUUCCCGAUUUCUCAUGUAUCGCCAAAUAAUAGCGGGUCUCCUCGGUGCUUUUUCGACCCCAAUCCUGGGUUCACUAUCGGAUCGCGUUGGUCGUAAGCCAAUCCUCGCCUGUACCGUUGCCGGUCCUCUUAUAUACGAAAUCCUUAUGGUAAUAGUCCUCCGUCACCCGGACUCGAUAGAUGUGCACUGGCUUCUCCUGGGAUAUGCAAUGGAAGGCCUUAGCGGGACGAUGAUUGCCGGGACUUCGACCUCACAGACCUACAUCACCGAUCUCACGCAACCCAGCUCCCGGGCGCGGUGGUUCAGUUACUUGCAGGCUUCAUAUGCCUUUGCUGGGGCGGUUGGGCCUCUCAUUUCCAGCUUGCUUCUAAAGAUGCCGAAUCCAUUUCAAUCGAUCUUUUUGCUUGCUAUAUGCUCUCAUUUAUCCCUCUUGCUUAUCAUCCUAUUCGCCUUGCCGGAAUCGCGCAAAACAGUCUCUACCGGAGUAACCUUGGACCAACCCCCUGGCGAAAGUUAUGUCCGUGUGCUUCUGACGCCGCUCAAGUCUAUAUGGGAAUCGAAAGGGUUUCGAAAUAAGAAUAUGAUCAUUCUGGCUGGGAUAGACAUGAUCAUUUUCGGAAACAUGAUAGGUCUGCUUCCGCUGCAAUUAGCAUACCCGGCAUUCUUGUUCAAGUGGCAACCGACAACGCAAAGCUUCUUCAUAUCCCUUUCCUACUCAUGGAGCGUUUUGGUGCUGGUCGUUCUAUUUCCGCCGAUUAUGACGCGGUUCCGCCGAUGGAAUAGGAGACAGGGUGUGCCAAAUCUGUCGGCUGCAUCCACUUCUGGAGAGUUGGAUGCUAUCCAGUCUUACAGAUGA